CAGCACUAGUGGCUGGCUAGCUAAGUAUUAGCAUUCUCAGCACUAGUGGCUGGCUAGCUAGCUAUGAGCAUUCUCAGCACAAGUUGCUCAUAGCUCUUAGCUAGCACUAGUGGCAGGCUAGCUAAGUAUUAGCAUUCUCAGCACUAGUGGCAGGCUAGCUAUUAGCAUUCUCAGCACUAGUGGCUGGCUAGCUAAGUAUUAGCAUUCUAAGCACUAGUCAUUUAAUAACAUUAGGAUCGAAACACACACAACUCCAGUCAUCAUUGUCAGUUACUGUGAAUAAUAUACAUAUUGUUUGAAGGUCUGGAUGAAGCCCAUAAGUUACAAUGAAUAAUAUUCAUAUAAAACAACGUGAAUAUUUCACUUAAGCAUUUUUGAAAAUCUAGACACACAAAUAUUUUUUGUUGAAUGUUAUUUGCAGGUCUGGAUGAUGCCCGUAACACUGCUCACCUGGCCUGGAGGAUGAUGAGGGAUGGCUCUGUGAUGAAGAUUACACGCAGUCUGGAGAGGGCACCUUUGAAGACCAAACCCCUGUUUGGAAAUGGGAACGUGCCAGGGGAUGGUUGUCCUGGCAACAAGAGGGAUAACAAAACCACUUUCAAAAACCCCUCCAAGACGACAGAGAGCGGCGGCGGCGGCCAUCUUGAAAAUCGACCCAACAGCAAGCCAGUUAGCAACACGGACGUUGUUGAGACACGACCCAAGCCUUCAGACAACAUGGUUCCCAACACAGAGGUGAACUCCAACUUAACUGCUGAACCUGUUCAGUAUCAGAGUAUUGUCUCACCAAAGACCCUUCUCAAUGGUGUGACCACUCCAAUGUGUGGUGGUGGUGGUGGUUGUAGCAGAACAGGUAGAAUAGAACCAAAGACCCUUCUCAAUGGUGUGACCACUCCAAUGUGUGGUGGUGGUGGUGGUUGUAGCAGAACAGGUAGAAUAGGAGCCAUACGGUCCGUCUCCUCUCCUAUGACUUUCAAUAUCCCCUCUCCUCAUCACUACAACAACAGCCUCGUUCUGGUCUCCACCACUGUGAAUUGCAUUACCCAUCUAGCCCAGCCAGACCUGACACAUGACCCGGAAACAGGAAGUAUGGAGGAGGACGUGCCUAUCUCGUGCGGUUCGUAUGACGACGUCGUAUUGGAGGAGGACUGGGAUGUCACGGUUGGUGACGAGGCUUCUGUUGCUGAUGUGUACACAGAGAACCUGAGGUUUGAGGUGGAUGAUAACUCGGUUUAUGGGAGAACCUUGCUGUGUCCAAGCCCAGUACAUUCAAAUCCUGGUAGAGGUCCAACCAACAGUAGGCCGAGGUCCAAUACCACCAACACGCCCUGCCAACAUCUGACCAGCCUGGUACACAAGACCGAUACUAGAACAUCCUCCAGUAACUUGGUGUCUUUCAAGGCUGGGACAACAAGGACCUACAACACUUCUGCACCCAACAGUCUGUCCACUUCCUCUUUUGUCACACCCAGACCUGUUACCCCUGGCUCAAACCUCUCAGAUACACGGUCAAGACUGAACACGGAAACGUCAAACUCCUUUGUGAUCGAGAAGAACAACAAGAACGACUCGAGAACAUCCUCCAGUUCUGCAAAAGCUGCGACAACGAGGAUAUACAACACCUCUGGGUCAAAUAGUUCAUGUAGUUUCUCCUUCGACAAACCCAGACCUGUUACCCAUGAUUCCAACCGCUCAGCUACACGGUCAAGACCGCAAACGGCAACAUGGAACAACUCCUUUGUGAUCUACAAGGACAAGCCGAGAGCCUCAAAUACCACUUCCACAUCCAAUACCUCAACAGCAUCCAAUACCUCAACAGCAUUCAAUACCUCAACAGCAUUCAAUCAUUCCUUUGUCAAACCCAGACCAGGCCUCCAGAACUCCAACCUCCAUGCUACACGGUCACGACCUCUCACAACAAAAAACCCUGGUAACUCCUUCGCACCCAUGUCCUCUACUACAAACCUUCCCAAUCCUUCCGUCACUAGACCCAAACCAGUUACCGCCAGCAGUGACUCUAACCUCUCUGCUUCAAAGACACCAAACGGCUCUGCAUCCAGUCUCUCCUUUGCCAGGCCCGGCCCUGUCGUCCAUCACCCCGACCCGUCGACUUCACGUUCAAGGCUGCACUCGGAGACGCCAAACACAUCUUUCACGAUCCACAAGUACUCCUCUUGCCUCUCCUCUGUCGCUCGUCCUUCUGUCGGUGGAUCGUUCUCCGUCCUCUCCUCGUCCGUUAACCGCUCCUCGCUCCCGCCGACCCGCAGCACCAAGAUCACGGCCCCGCUGUGCGACUGCGGGCGGCGAGCCAAGCGUCUAACGGUGUGUAACGGCGGUCCGAACCAAGGCCGAGCGUUCUACUGCUGCACGGUGCGUAAACACGGCCCCGGGGGGACCAGGAAGGGAUGUGAGUUAUUUAAGUGGGAGUCUGCUCUCCUCCAGGCUAAAUCACCAGCCUCCGCUGCCAACUCCAUCGCUCUGCGUUUUGGUCUCAACUCCAGUGUUGUUCGUCCCCCUGUCGUCGUCUAGGACGAGAUAUCAGUUGGCUUGAGGUCAUAAGGAAAUGCUAUUGAGAGUCUCCCUCUCAUCCAAUGGGUUUGGAGAGGACAUAAGAAAUCAAGGAAAUGCAAUUGAGAUUCUCCUCACAAAGGUGUCAUAUUUUAAACUGUACUUUAUGUAUGAUGCGUUGUUGUAUUUUUUUUGUAUAUGAUUUAUGUCCGCAUACUAAAUCUGGUGCAUUCAUUGACCAAUAUCCUGUACAGUUUCUAAAUAGAAUUUUAUCUUCCAUAAUGUGAGAUGACAUGAUGUCAUAAUGAAAUGUAAAGUACCUUUUUUAGGUCGGCACUGUCAUAAUAAAAGAUGUCAUGAACUGUAUUUACAUGGGUUCUAUUGUUGUAAAUUUAACAGUUGAGGUCGGAACCAAAAUGGACAUUUUAUAAAAAUGUUUUGUGUUCUGACAUAAGGACAGAAUUGCAAAUGGUCCCUCUUGCCGCCAAUAUUUUACAUGCGCAACAAUAGUGAAAUCGGCAGUUCGUCUUCAAAAUGAACUGUGAAUUAUGAGUGAGAAAGUUAGUGGGUCAAAGAUCUAACCCCCCCAAGACAUGCUAAUCUCUCCUGUUAUUGUAAUGGUGAGAGGUUAGCAUGUCUUGGGGUUAUGAUA